GAGCUGCUCCUCCGGCUGGUAGGACUUCUGUCUGUGAGCGGCCGUCUAACACAGCAGUGGACCCCAGUCUCCUCCACCGUGUUGAUCAGAAAAGGAUUCGCUCGGCAUUACUCUCAGCUUCCCCUUUUGUCCCCCGAGGUUAUUUCGGGCUCUCAAAUUCUGUUUUGGAGAAACCUCGGGGCGCGGGAGGGAAUGACAUUUACCAACGGCCCCGGGCCCAAUUCAAAUCCACAGUCACAUGAAAAGCAGCCGAGAUCUCCAUGGAUGCUCCACCUCGUGCUCCAGCACGAGAACUACCACAGGGUUUACUGUACAUGACGCCUACGUAUGCUAUGUCUCCAGGAUCGUUAAAUGCGAGAUGUUUGACGCAUUUCACCGGACACGCACAAGUUAUCACACGCACAGGACGACUCGCGCCACCAACACCUUUAGCUCCCAGCCUGACUCAGGCUUCAGGGCAAACAGCAUGCAGGCAGGUGCUCCUGUUUGUACGUCUCUGUUGUUGAGUAAUGAGAUUUCAAGUUAACAGCAGUGGGAUUGUUUGAGCUAUUGAUUGGUCCGUUAUCGUCACAUAAACAGGUGGUGUGGAGGUGCGUUCACGCACGAGGAGCAGAUGCCUAAUGGUUGAACUGAAGCAUGCGCCUCACAUGCACACAGGCUCAGCACACCAGCACCAGCCCAUUGUGAUAACUGACCCCUCAGUCCCGGUUCAUAGUUGUUCCAGAAGUUGCCAGAUAGGGACAAGGACCUGAAGUGUCCACAGCCGGUCCUCUGUUCCUGCCGGUUCAGCCCUGGUACGAAGGCGCCAUGGCUGACCGUGAAGAAUCCAAGAAGAUGAAUGGCAGUGCUGGCCACUCUCCCCAUCUUUCGGAGCCACCCAAAGAGAGCAUGCAGCUCAAGAAGGAGAUCUCGCUGCUCAACGGAGUCAGCCUGAUCGUGGGAAACAUGAUCGGCUCUGGCAUCUUCGUCUCCCCCAAGGGUGUACUAAUCUACAGCGCCUCUUACGGGCUGUCACUAAUCAUCUGGGCCAUUGGGGGCCUGUUCUCUGUGGUCGGGGCCCUCUGCUACGCUGAGCUGGGCACCACCAUCACCAAAUCAGGGGCAUCUUAUGCUUAUAUCCUGGAGUCAUUUGGCGGCUUCAUUGCAUUCAUUCGUCUCUGGACUUCCUUGUUGAUUAUCGAGCCCACCAGCCAGGCAAUCAUAGCCAUCACAUUUGCAAACUACCUGGUGCAGCCGCUCUUCCCAACGUGCGAACCGCCGUACGCAGCCGCUAGGCUCAUAGCAGCAGCGUGUAUAUGCUUACUGACGUUCAUCAACUCGGCCUAUGUAAAGUGGGGCACCCGCGUGCAGGACGUUUUCACUUACGCUAAGGUGGCGGCCCUCAUUGUCAUCAUCGCCACUGGCAUCGUCAAGCUGUGCCAGGGCUACACGACCAACUUUGAAUCAUCCUUUCAGGGAUCAUCUACAGAUCCUGGUGACAUUGCACUUGCGCUCUACUCUGCCCUCUUCUCUUACUCCGGCUGGGACACCCUCAACUUUGUUACUGAGGAAAUCAAAAACCCUGAAAGGAACCUGCCCUUGGCCAUUGCCAUCUCUAUGCCCAUCGUCACCAUCAUCUACAUCCUCACCAAUGUGGCCUAUUAUGCUGUUCUGGAUGUUAGUGCUAUAGUGGCCAGUGAUGCAGUGGCAGUGACAUUUGCAGAUCAUACUCUUGGUGUGAUGAGCUGGACCAUCCCCAUUGCUGUGGCUCUGUCCUGCUACGGAGGCCUCAACGCCUCCAUUAUUGCUGCAUCCAGGUUGUUCUUUGUGGGCUCCCGCGAGGGUCACCUUCCAGACACUCUGUCCAUGAUCCACAUACAGAGAUUCACUCCGGUCCCUGCUCUGAUCUUCAAUUGCGUCAUGUCGCUGAUUUACCUGACAGUGGAGGACGUCUUCCAGCUCAUCAACUACUACAGCUUUAGCUACUGGUUCUUCAUGGGUCUGUCCAUUGCCGGCCAGAUCUACCUCCGCUGGAAGGAGCCCGACAGACCCAGACCUCUCAAGUUGACUUUAUUGUACCCGGUGGUGUUCUGUCUUUGUGCUGUUUUCCUGGUGGCGGUGCCACUCUACAGCGACACGGUCAACUCUCUGAUUGGCAUUGCCAUUGCCCUAUCUGGCAUUCCUGUCUACUUCCUGGGUGUCUACUUACCAGAGUCCAAACGACCACCUGUCGUCACCAAGCUACUGCGUUCUAUGACUCACUUCACCCAGUACACCUGCUACUGUGUACUGACAGAGAUGGACAAAAGAGAAUAGCAUCCAGUACACUUUAGAAGAGUAGAACAGUAGAACUUUAGCCGGCAGUCUCUGCAUCCUCGAAGCUGACAGUCACCAGGGAACUGGACAUGGGAUUCUGCUGUUGAAAAAGGAUUUAUGACUUUUUUUCGUAAUCAUGCGGAAGCUCUCAGACUUCCCUGACUUCUUUACAACACUGGGAAUGCUGCCACAGAUGCACAGGUUCACUCACAGAUUUAUAAAGGUAGAGACAGUGCUGUUAUUGCAUACUGUUGAUAUUGUUACAAGCAGUUUCAUUUCUUCAUCCCACUAUUUAAUCACCUUCAUUCAAAAUGAUUCGCCUUUUUAGGUUACAGGUAACUGUACAAAUGCCUUUUGAAAAGUAUGUGCCUGUGAGAUGAGAAAUAAUAAUGCAAGUAUAUUUUAUUAUAUUGAUUAAGUUAUUGUAACUGGAUAGAGAUAUUAUGAGCAGUAUUUGUGAAUGUGUUUAAUCUCCCCUGAGAAUCAAAGCAUCGUAAAUUGCUUGCUGUUCACUUCCUGAAUGAAAAAAGGGAAGAAAAUAUUUUGUGUCUUUGGCUAUGUGAAGAUGUUGACCCAUCAUCCCAAUGUCAUUGCCUUUAUCUCAUUUUGGUGCUAUUGUGUAGUAGUUUUUUUGUUUCUUCAUUCUUUGCAUUUCAACUCUUGUUGCUAUACGCUGAAAUUGAACACUGCCUUCUUCCCAUUUGCCGCAUUUAAUGACUUUUGUGAAUGUUUAAAGCAUUUUGGAUGAGGUGGGUUUAGUGUCUUCAGAAUCCGAUCUGUCUAGCAUUGUAGGAAGCUGGAGACUUCCUGUUCUUUGUAUUUGCUUUAAACUGUGUAUCACUAAAUCAAUUUACUCGAAUUCUUUAGUGCCCAAUGUGCUAUAUUCAACACAUCAACAGACAUUGAGGAUUAGAUCAAAAUAGCAUUUUUGUUAUCCAUUGUAGUUAAAUUGUUAUCCAUCUUUAGGUCUAGUUGUGUAACAAUUCUAUAUCCUGUGUUCUAAAUAAUCUCAAGUAAACUAUGCUUCAAACAUACUAUAUCUGACACUACAUUUCAUCUUAAAUGGCACCUCUAGGCUUUAAUCUAGUGCCAUUAAGGAAAUCAUACUUUGGCACUGGUCCACUCGUGGUCCAGUGGUCUGACUGUAUUUCAUUCACACAAGCACCAUAUGGCCACAAAGUGCAGGCUUGACUAACGUGCCAGAUCCUUUUUUCAACCAUGUAUAAUCAUCAGGAAACUGUUAAAUACUAAGAGAAGUGAAACUUUAAUGUGCAGUAAUACAACCACAAUCGUGUCAUCCCAAAUGAUUAAAUUAAGUAUUAAACAAGAGACAACUUGUUCCCUGCAGUGGAAGUUUUUUUGUAGAUGGAGAAUCCAGUUGGUGCCAAUGAAACCUUAUUUUCAAUCAAACGUCUGCAUUACAGCCCUUCGUGUCAUGUGCUGCAUGUUUGGCUUGUAAUGCUCCAACAGGUUAGGACAGCAGAGCUUCUCCUGAAUCCUGGGCAAGAGAGGAACAUUUCCAAGAUGAAAAUCGUUGAUUAUAAUUUUUGAUAUUACCCCCCCCCCCCAAAAAAAUAAAUAAAUAAAUAAAUAAAAAAGACACUGCGUCAUGUUGAAAAUUUCAGAGCAGCUGGGACUUCAUUUUCUACAUUCUCCUCCCACGUCUGCGGUCACUGGUCUACCUCAGAAAAAUAACACUGCGUUGCCUAAGGAAUAUAAGUGAGCAAAACAGCUCAUCAGAUCACCAACCUCAGCAUUAAUAAGAAUUUGGAUUUUGAAUUAGGAAAUGUUUACUCUCCAAACUGAUGUCUUGAGUAGAUUU